AUCAGGGUGUAGCUUUCAGCUAGCGCCAUGCCUUCCCCACCAUGUUCCUUGCCAUGAUGAUAAUGUACUAGACCUCUGAAACUGUAGCUUCUUUGUUACAGAGUCUCCGUGAAUCUGGAAUUCACCAAUUCGGCGAGUCUGAAAGCCUCAGUGAUCUCUCAGGCUCCAUCUGUCUCCACUCCCCAGUGGAAGGCUUGCAGCUGUGUCACCGCUCCAGACUUCACACAGGUGCUGGAAGACUGAACUAAGACAGAAAGACAUGGCCUGGAAACAGACACCACUCUUGCUUUUGGUCUACAUGGUCACAACAGGCAGUGGCCGGGACAGAACAGACCUACUCAACGUUUGCAUGGAUGCCAAACACCAUAAGACAAAGCCGGGCCCCGAGGACAAGCUGCAUGACCAGUGUAGUCCAUGGAAGAAAAAUGCCUGUUGCUCAGUCAACACCAGCCAGGAGCUACACAAGGCUGACUCCCGUCUGUACUUCAACUGGGAUCACUGUGGCAAGAUGGAGCCUGCCUGUAAGAGUCACUUCAUCCAAGACUCCUGCCUGUAUGAGUGCUCCCCCAACCUUGGGCCUUGGAUCCAGCAAGUGGACCAGAGUUGGCGUAAAGAGCGUUUCCUGGAUGUGCCCUUAUGCAAAGAGGACUGUCACCAGUGGUGGGAAGCCUGUCGUACCUCCUUUACCUGCAAGAGAGACUGGCAUAAAGGCUGGGACUGGUCCUCAGGCAUUAACAAGUGCCCAAACACAGCACCCUGUCACACGUUUGAGUACUACUUCCCGACACCAGCCAGCCUUUGCGAGGGUCUCUGGAGUCACUCCUACAAGGUCAGCAACUACAGCAGAGGGAGUGGCCGCUGCAUCCAGAUGUGGUUUGACUCAACCCAGGGCAAUCCGAAUGAGGACGUGGUGAAGUUUUAUGCUUCCUUUAUGACAUCUGGGACUGUGCCCCAUGCAGCAGUACUUCUUGUGCCCAGCCUGGCCCCAGUGCUGUCAUUAUGGCUCCCUGGCUGAGAGGUCAGUCUUCCUCUCUAGAUUUCUCCUCUAUCUACCCUUGGUCUGGUUCAACUCUUCAAAGAAUAAGGAAGUCUUGAGCCUGCUUCCACCCCUCUCCUCUGUCAUCCAGUUCCUGAUCCAUGUUGGGGGUUGGGGUUUCUACAAUCAUUUUCAAUAAAUCUAUGACACAUCUGGGCCUAAUGAA